UGAGGAACGAGGCGGCAGCAGGAGCGGUGACCGUGUCGCCCAGAGCCAGACCAGAGGCCGAGAGCUGACCUGCCGGCACCCGCUGCCUCUCCUUUCUCCUUCCCAUUGUGUUGGAACCCUAAAAAGAAAGAAUAAAGCAACAACAGGAAAAAAGAAAAAAGAUUAAAAUUGUGAAUUGUGACUAAACCCAACUGGGUUCUCUUGGUUACAAACUCCUCCCCAUCUGGUGCUGCAACAAUGAGUGGGAAAUCCCUGCUCUUAAAGGUCAUUCUCUUGGGUGAUGGUGGAGUUGGGAAAAGCUCACUUAUGAACCGUUAUGUAACCAAUAAGUUCGAUUCCCAGGCUUUUCACACCAUAGGUGUAGAAUUCUUAAAUCGAGAUCUGGAGGUAGAUGGACGCUUUGUAACCCUCCAGAUCUGGGACACUGCAGGGCAGGAACGUUUCAAGAGCCUUAGGACACCCUUCUACAGGGGAGCAGACUGCUGCCUCUUGACCUUCAGUGUGGAUGAUCGUCAGAGCUUCGAGAACCUUGGUAACUGGCAAAAAGAAUUCAUCUACUAUGCAGAUGUGAAGGACCCUGAGCAUUUUCCCUUUGUAGUUCUGGGUAACAAGGUAGACAAAGAGGAUAGGCAAGUGACUACUGAGGAGGCACAAGCCUGGUGCAUGGAGAAUGGGGAUUACCCUUAUCUAGAAACAAGUGCCAAAGAUGAUACUAAUGUGACAGUGGCCUUUGAAGAAGCUGUCAGACAGGUGUUGGCUGUAGAGGAACAGUUAGAGCAUUGCAUGUUAGGUCACACCAUUGACUUGAAUAGUGGCUCCAAAGCAGGUUCUUCAUGCUGUUAAAAGUAGGAAGCCUUUAAAACAUGUGCCCAAUUGUCAGUAGUGUAAGAAUUACUGUGCUUCUCUGAGAGUGCACACACACA